CUCCCGCCGCAGGUUUCCAAUCGAUUGCUCGCUAAGAAGCUCAGGUGGGAGCUGAGGCUCAGAAGUCCUGUGCAGGUGGGUGGGCGCAUGCGCAGCGCGCGCUCUCACAAGCCGACCCGGGGCGAGUAGAGCUACCAGAUACUUUUGCCAUAUGAAGUUGAACAUGGCGGAAGAAGAGGACUAUAUGUCUGAUUCCUUCAUUAAUGUCCAACAAGACAUCAGACCAGGAUUGCCAAUGCUGAGGCAAAUCCGAGAAGCCCGUCGAAAAGAAGAAAAGCAACAGGAAGCUAAUUUGAAAAACAGACAGAAGAGUUUAAAAGAAGAAGAACAAGAAAGACGUGACAUUGGAUUGAAGAAUGCACUAGGCUGUGAAAACAAAGGGUUUGCUUUGCUCCAAAAGAUGGGAUAUAAAAGUGGUCAGGCCCUUGGCAAAAGUGGAGGUGGUAUUGUUGAACCAAUUCCUCUCAACGUCAAAACAGGGAAAAGUGGCAUCGGUCAUGAGGCAUUACUGAAGCGGAAAGCAGAGGAAAAACUAGAAAACUAUAGAAGAAAGAUCCACGUGAAAACCCAAGCCGAAGAAAAAGCCGCAGAGCAGUUUCGACUGCGAUUGAAACAUAAGCAGGAUGAAGUGAAGCUGGAAGGGGACCUUAGAAGAAGCCAGCGAGCCUGCCAGCAGUUGGAUGCUCAGAAGAAUAUUCAGGUUCCUAGGGAAGCAUGGUACUGGUCGGGGCUUGAAGAGGAAACCGAGGAAGAGGAAGAGGAAGAAAAAGAACACGAUGAAGAUGAAUAUAAGAGUGAAGACUUGAGUGUACUGGAAAAAUUACAAAUAUUGACUGGUUAUUUAAGAGAAGAACAUCUGUAUUGUAUUUGGUGUGGAACAGCCUAUGAAGAUAAAGAAGACCUCUCUUCAAAUUGCCCAGGACCAACUUCUGCAGAUCAUGACUAAGAUUAUUCUCAAUAAAGUAGAAACUUGGAAAAUGUUACUGUUUUCUAAAAAUAAACAAUUGAGCAGUUAGAAUUCCCAAAUUAUGCCAGUUAAAGAAAGAGGGCCUUUUUAUAUGUUUUGUUCUUUUUGUGAUUUUAGAAGCACUUUGUACUUUAUAGUUGUUCAUUGAUUUCAAAAAAAAAAAUAACAAUGCUGUUUCAGAACGCAAGUGUUAUAGACAUGGGCAAACACAAUUUGUGACUCUGUUGUGAUGCUAUGGGGCUCAAGGACACCAACAGGUAACUCCCUCAUUCCUCUCUUCACUUUGGAACAAAGUGAGAAGUAAGACAUGGGAGUCAGAGAGAGAUCAACAUGUCAGCUUUAUUAUCAGUGAUGUUGAGAUAGAGAGCAAGGUUGACUUGUUCUCCUAUUAGGCUCCCUAAAAUAUCUCCCUGACUGGACACAAUUGCAGACCUCUGCCUUGCCGGGGAUGGAGCCUACCUUUGCCUUCUGAGAGCAUUUAGCUUUCAAGGAGAGAGGACCCACCAGGGGCGGGGCCACACAUGCUAAGUUCCUUCUCCCAAAAUCACAUCUCAGAUAAGACACUUCUCUGUUGAGAAGGAAUGAACAACGGUUCACAGAGCUUGCUCCCAUACUUCUCUCUCCCAAGGAGCAAGAAAAAGUCCCUUCCCUCCAUGCAGAUAGGAGGAAGGAAAAGCAUCCCCCUCAAUAAGACUGAUGUCAGGCCAUGUUCCAUUAACACUACUUCAUUCUAGCCAAUUUCAGAAACAAAAUAAUUAUGAUACUUGUGGGAAAAUCAUGAGUUUUCAUGACAGUGUGUAUAUCCACUAUAAGUGAAGAUUGCAAGUUUUAGCUAAAGAAACUUUAGAAUUGGAAGUAAUCUUAACUAUCAGAUUAUCCAAGUACUUUUUAAAUUUGGGAGCCCUUGGACAACAUUCUCAGCAGUUUGCAAUCUAACCUCUGCCUUUAUUUCUCCAGCCACAGAGAGCUCACUGCCUUAAAAUGGAUUGUUCCAUUGCUGGGUAGCUAUAAGUGAUUUUUAAAGUUAUUUUUCUAAAAUCUGCUUCUCUAUAAUGUUACCACAUAUAGCUAAGGACAUACCAUGUAGCACACCUGUAGAUAUCUUCAGACAAAAUUGGGCAUCAAAAAUCAUGAACUUUUUUAAAGUUCACAAGCUCAGGUACCACCCCUAGUGAUUUUGAUUCGGCUAGUCUAGGGUAGUUUCUAGAUAUCUGUAUUUGUAUAAAGUGCUAAGAAUACAUCUGAUAAGCACCUGUGCGUUAGGACUAGUGCUACAGGUUAAAUACAGAGCACUGUUACAUUCUUGGGGAUCCAGUUUUAUAGCUAACCUCUCUCUCAGUACCACUGAGCAAGAGAUCAGCCUCUUUUAUUAGAAACAGUAUACACAAGAACAGAGCAAAAGCAUAACCUGUAUUUGCAUAAGUUAAGAUAAUCAAUAGCACAACUUGUAUCAGCCUUUGCCCUAAUAUAACCUAAUUCAUUUGUUCUCAAGUUUAGCUUGGGGAGCUUUAAAAAUGAUAAUACAAGGGGUGCCUGGGUGGCUCAGUUGGUUAAGUGUUUGACUCAUCAUCAUCAUAAUUUCGUGAGUUGAAGCCCCACAUCGGGCUCUAUGCUGACAGUUUCCCAUCGGCAGAGGUUCUGAUGUAAUUGGUCACUGUGGCCUGAGCGUGACCACCUUUGACUCUGAGAUGCAGCAAAACUUGAGAAUCACUACACUAGUUAACUUCUGGGCCUCCAGAAAAUGAAGCAUUAUUUUUAUGAAUAUAAACACACAUAUAAAAUGCUAGAGCUUAUACUGUUGUAUAAUAGUAUUAAAUAUUUACUUUUUCACUUAACAAUAAAAUUGUAUUAAUAGCUGAAA